UCCCAAAAACGAUGUUGUUUGCGCGUAUUUUUCGUGGUGGUUGCAGGGGGAGAGAACCAGCCAUUAUAAAAAAGCGAGCGCUAUCAUUCUUGAGCUUGAAUACAACAAGUUCUCUUCAGAGGAGCUCGAAGUUAAGCAAAAGUCCAGUCUGUUCUCAUAACGAAUGGGAUCCAUUGGAGGAGGUGAUUGUUGGCAGACCAGAGAACGCUUAUGUUCCACCAUUCACCAUUGAAGUGAAGUCGAAUACUCAUCAGAAAUAUUGGCCCUUCUACCAACAACAUGGCGGUAAGCCGUUCCCACGUGAUCAUGUCUCGAGAGCAGUGGAGCAAAUCGAUGAAUUUUGCAACAUUUUGGAGCAGGAAGGAGUGACCGUCCGUCGACCAAGUGUAAUGGAUCAUGGCGAGGAGUUUAGAACACCAGAUUUCACUUCAACGGGGAUGUACGCAGCGAUGCCUCGUGAUAUUCUUCUGGUCGUUGGUGAAGAGAUCAUUGAAGCUCCAAUGUGUUGGCGCUCAAGAUUUUUUGAAUACAGAGCUUAUAGAGAUCUCAUGAAGGAAUAUUUUCAUGCUGGGGCCACGUGGACAGUCGCUCCGAAAGCAUUAAUGGACGAUGCUUUGUAUGAUAAGGACUACCCGAUAAACUCGGUCGAGGAUCGUCACAAGUUGGCGGCCGAAGGCAAGUUCGUCACAACUGAACACGAUAUUUGCUUCGACGCAGCGGACUUCAUGAGAUGCGGAACAGAUAUUUUUGUUCAACGCAGCCAGGUGACAAACAGUUUUGGUAUUGAGUGGAUGAGAAGACAUUUGGAAACUAGGGGAUACAGAGUUCAUACCAUAUCCUUUGGUGACCCCAAUCCCAUGCAUAUCGACGCCACGUUUAACAUCAUUGGACCCGGUUUAGUCCUAUCUAACCCCGACCGUCCUUGUCACCAAAUAGACAUGUUCCACAAGGCGGGAUGGCACGUGGUUAAACCACCAACACCACUCAUCUCUGAUGAUCAUCCAUUGUGGAUGUCUUCAAAAUGGUUGUCCAUGAAUGUUCUUAUGUUGGAUCCAAAGAGAGUGGUGGUUUCAAAAUAUGAAUAUCCAACACAAAAGAUGUUUGAAGAUCUGGGUAUUGAAUGCAUCUUGGUGGAUAUUUCCUAUGCCAUGUCUUUGGGCGGAGGAUUUCAUUGCUGGACGACAGAUGUGAGAAGACAAGGAACGUUAGAAUCUUAUUUCAACAUUUGAUUGCACAAAAACUGUGUAAACAACGGGAGAGAGCUUUGGUGAGAAAAUAUAGACUUUCGUGAAAUGUGGUAAUCAUUUAUUGAGCACAGCAGCAUCGAAGUGCCUUUGUACUCUACGAAAACC